AUGUCUGAGUUCAUUAACGAAAAUCCUGAUGUUUUAGAAGAAAGUCAGCUUCCAACAAGAAGUAAAGAUGAGCUUGAUGUGCUUUUCGAAAAUGAGGUCCAGAAAGCUGGGUUGGAAAGAAAGCGCAAUCUACUCAAGAUUGUGCGCUCGAUUCCGUCUAAGACUUUCCAAGACGUCGAAGCUAUGGAUCGGCUAAUGACGAUCGAGCGACAAAACAAGCAAGUGAACGAUCUGAAGAUGAAGGCUUUGUCGCUCGACCAGAAGCACGAAGAAGAUGAAGAAAUAGACCCACUUGAUCCACAAGAAAUAUACGAUCUGAUCGCCCACAUUUCAGAUCCAGAGCAUCCGCUUUCUUUGGGCCAGCUUGCCGUUGUCAAUUUGGCAGAUAUCGAAGUCCAUGAAAACGACAAUAAAACCGGUAUUUCGGAAGUCAUAGUGAAAAUUACUCCUACAAUAACGCACUGCUCGCUGGCAACUCUGCUAGGACUCGGUAUCCGUGUCAGGCUAGACAGAUGUUUGCCUCCACGAUACAGAAAGACGAUUUUACUCAAAGAGGGCUCGCAUCAAAGCGAAAAUCAGGUGAAUAAGCAACUCAAUGACAAGGAACGUGUAGCAGCUGCCUGUGAAAAUGACCAAUUGCUGGGUGUUGUCUCCAAAAUGUUGAGCACGUGCAAGUAA